AUGGGUGCCCUUAAGUAUGUCGAGGAAUUGCAAAAGAAGAAGCAGUCCGAUGUCCUCCGCUUCCUUCUCCGUGUUCGAUGCUGGGAGCUUCGACAACUGAACGUCGUCCACCGUGCUUCCCGCCCAUCUCGUCCGGAUAAGGCACGCCGUCUUGGUUACAAGGCCAAGCAAGGUUAUGUUAUCUACCGGGUCCGUGUUCGCCGUGGAGGACGCAAGCGCCCAGUGCCAAAGGGUGCCACCUAUGGCAAGCCAACCAACCAGGGUGUCAACCAACUCAAGUACCAACGAUCAUUGAAGUCUACUGCUGAAGAGCGUGUCGGACGUCGCUGCGCCAACUUGCGUGUAUUGAACUCGUACUGGAUCAACCAGGACUCCACCUACAAGUACUUCGAGGUCAUCCUCGUCGACCCUCAACACAAGGCCAUCCGCCGCGAUGCUCGUAUCAACUGGAUCGUCAACCCAGUCCACAAGCACCGCGAGUCCCGUGGACUCACGGCAACUGGCAAGAAGUCUCGUGGUUUGGGCAAGGGUCACGGAUACAACAAGACAACCGCUGGCCGCAGAAAGACCUGGAAGAGACACAACACCCUCAACCUCCAACGAUACAGAUAG